AUGUCACCCGAAGCCUAUCUCGAACAGCUGAGUCCAACACCGGGGGGAGUCCACGGAGAAAACGAUGGCUCCCAGGUAGCGCAGUUCUACAAGGAUCGAGUGGUGCUCAUCACAGGAGGAACAGGGUUCAUCGGAAAGGUUCUGCUGGAAAAACUCCUGAGAUCUUGCUCUGGACUCAAGCGAGUUUACCUCCUCGUACGCAGCAAGCGUGGCGAAGAACCACAGGCGAGGCUCAAGAAAAUGUUCAACUCACAGAUGUUCGAACGCCUAAAGAAAGAACAGCCAGGGGCUCUUGAAAAAGUGAUGGCACUGGCCGGAGAUCUAGCUCAGCCAGAUUUGGGGCUCAGUGCGUCUGAUCGGGCCACCUUAGUCGACAAUGUGUCUGUCAUCUUUCACUCCGGUGCCACGGUCAAGUUUGAAGAACCUCUCAGGCCCUUGUUCAUGUGUCAACAGCAUACUGCAACUGUGACAAGCCGGAUGUCCACGAGGUGA